AUGACUGAGUUUGAAAAGUUGAGAAAAAGUCUCCUAAAAAAAGGAGAACUUUAUGAAGACAUAGAUUUUGCGUGCAAUCAGUCGUCAGUCUUUUAUCACGAGACGCCUCCCUUUCAAUUUGUAUGGAAGCGACCGAAAGAUAUCUGUUCCAACCCUGUCUUUCUCACCGAAACUCAAAACAAUUAUUGCAAUUUAAGUGCCGGAAAACUCGGUGAUCACUGGUUGACAUCAGUGAUGGGCUGCUUAAGAACUACCAAAGGACUGUUCUAUAGAGUAGUUCCGGCCGAUCAAAGUUUUGAUGACGAAGAAUAUUGCGGAAUGUUUCGCUUCAGGAUUUGGUGGAACGGAGAGUGGAAAGAGAUUCUGGUUGACGAUAGGUUACCAACGGUUAACAACAAACUAAUAUUUAUUCACUCUCUUCACGGCAACCAAUAUUGGCCAUCACUUCUUGAGAAAGCCUACUCUAAACUUCAUGGAAGUUAUGAAGCACUCAAAUACGGAAACUCUUUGGAUGGUUUGGCUGAUUUGACGGGUGGUAUAAGUGAACCAAUUAUUAUAAAAGACACACAAAGACUUAUGGAUGUUAUGAGCAAAUUAUUGAGUAUGACUUCAAUCAUAACAGCAGUCGUUCAGAAAGAAUCGUCGACUGAGACCAAUAAUCGAAGUGUUUGUGAAAAGAUGGCCAACGGUAUAGUCAUUGGAAAUAAUUACCGAGUGAUGGCCAUUGAGAAAGUUGAGCCCAUAAAUGGAGAUAUCGUUCAAUUAGUAAGACUACGAAAUCCAAUUGGUUUGUCCAAUGACUACAUCGGUACGUGGAAUAAGGACUCUAUUGAGUGGAAGAGUGUCGGCGAAGACAUUAAGAAUAAAUUCAAUCACAAAUACACAAUUGAUGGAGAGUUUUGGAUGACUUUUAACGAGUUCAUCAAAGUGUUUACGGUAUUGGAAGUGAUUCACUUGGAUUUGGAGACCAGUAAGGAUGAGCCGAGCCUUAAAGGACACAAUCCGUGGCACAUGAAGUUCUUAAGAAGCAAUUGGAAGAAAGGAGUGACGGCUGGCGGCUGUCGGAAUAAUUUUGACACUUUUCAUAUUAAUCCUCAAAUACAACUUUUUUUGCCCGAAACCGAUGAGAUUGUCAUUUGUCUGAAUCAACAUUUAUUACUCGAGGCUAAAGUUAUUGGCUUUACUUUAUAUACAUCACCGGUAAAGCUAACGCUUCCCAAUAAUAUUGACAAUAAAUUAGACAAAUCAUUCUUUAAGAAAAAUAAAUCACUCAUUAGCUCUUCGUAUAUAAAUAGUAAAUAUGUUGUCCUCAGGACAACAUUAGAGUCGGGAACUUAUGUAUUAUUGCCCACAACAUAUGAAACCGGACAAGAGGGACAGUUUUCACUACGAAUGCAAUCAUCAAAAUCUUUAAAAAUUAAACAAAUGGAUUAUACGCCAGCAAUCAUAAAGCCUGCUAUAAGCAAAGCUCCGGCAUCUUUUGACCACAAGUUUGCUCAAUACGAGGCUCUCUUCAUGCAAUUCGCUGAUGAGAACAAAACUAUAAAUGCAUUUGAAUUGCAAGAGCUUUUGGAGACAUGUUUGCCAAAUGAUUACGUCAAGUCUUGUGCCACUCUUGAUGUUUGUCGUCAAAUAGUCAUUACAUUAGAGAGCUGUGGAAACGGUCGUCUAAAAUAUAAUGAUUAUAAAAAUAUAAUGUGUUCACUAAGGAAUUGGCAAAACUCUUUCAAAACUCAUACCAAAAGCACAACUGGUAUUCUUCGGGCAGAAAAACUUCACGAAGCACUCAAUGAUAUCGGUUUUCAACUGAAUACUGAAAUCCUGUCUUCUUUAACGCUGAGGUAUAUGCGAAAAGACGGAACCCUAAGGUUUGGUGACUUUGUAGCAGCGAUACUGCAUUUGGUGAUGGCUUUCAAUAUGUUUGACAAUAAAGACCCGGUUCAUAACGGAUACAUUAAGUUAACGUUACCGGAGUUCCUCAAAGUGUCACUUCAGUAA